GGCGGCAAUGGGGCGGGAUGACCCCUCCCGUCCCGUCCGGUCCCGUCCUGUGCCGUCCCUCUGCCACGGGACUCAUAUAGGAGUGGAUCGGGGCCCGGGCCGGCACUCGCUGCUGAGUGAGCGGCCCCGUGUUUAUCUUUUAGUCCGAGAGAAGCAUUCUACUCGCUGCCAUGGCCUCGGUACCCUCCGCCGGAUGCCUCCUGGCCAAGAACCAGUACUACCGCAGCAGAACUCGGAAUCCAGCGUUUCUUCCAGCUCCUCCUGCUGUUCCGAUCCUGUGAGUGUUGCAGAACAGGACAAAACAUUUCAUGGGUUACCUGAAUUACUUGAUAAAUGCUGGUGGAUAAAAAGUUUUUUCCAUUGUGAACCAUCUCCGCCAACUGUUGGCAGAAAAGCACUAUCAGCAAGCAGUACCAACAGUUGAAUAUGAAAGCAAGCUGGAUUACUGUCUGAGAUAAUGCGCACGGACUUAUUUUUUCCAAGAGGCUUGGGAUCUUCUGAGUGUCUGGGUUCAGCUGCAAGAGGAAAACAAAAUCUUUAGAAGGGACGAAAGGUGUACUUUCAAAAGAUGUCAGGAGCUUAAAAACUAUUGUAUAAUGGAGAUGUUGAUGGCUUACCUUCUAAGGAGUUGCUAUAAUUUUAGAUGACUCUAAUGAAAGUUACUUGGAUUAAAUAGCCUGAUGACUUAUUUGGAUACUAAAAAAAAAAAAAAAAAAGCAACCAAAAAACAACA